AUGGAUGGCAUGGACAUGAGCGGUGAUGGCAUGACGGGCAUGGGCUCCGAUGUCAACCACCGCUUCGCCCGCGCCUACUGGUACAUAACCGCAACCGUCGUCGGAUCGCUGAUGCUGAUUCGAGGCGUCAAUCACAUCGGCGCCCUUCAAAGACUCAAAGCUGCUUCCACCCGCUCAUCCCCCCAUCCAACCCGUCCCAACUCCCCCCUCUCCCAAUCCUGGGCCACCGCAACCGCCCUCGUCCGCGAACUCACCCAUCCCCAGCUCUUCAUCCCCCUCCGCCACUUCUCCUGGCUCACCCCCCCUCCCCUCGGCCGCGUCCUCGUCCUCCUCUGCUACUGGUCCGUCAUCAUCUACUUCAUGACCUGGCGCUCCAUCGUCCACGACGUCUACUUCUGGGAGCGCAUCGGCUACCGCAACGCCUGGGUCACCCUCACCCAGCUGCCCAUGCUCUUCCUCCUCUCCACCAAGGUCAACAUCGUCGGGUUUCUCGUCGGCACCUCGCACGAGCGUCUCAACUGGCUGCACCGCUGGGUCGCCCGCACAAUGUUCGUCACCUGCACCGUCCACGGCUUCAACUUCUGGACCGAGUGGGUGCGCGCCGACUUUGUCGAGCUCGAGCUCGACGCCAUGCCCAUGGUCAAGUACGGCCUCGGCGCCUGGGCCAUCCUGCUGUGGAACGUCGUCGUCGGCUUCGUGCCCAUCCGGAGAAUCGCCUACGAGCUGUGGGUGCUGCAGCACGUGGCCUCGUCCGUCGUGAUGCUGGUGCUUGUUUACUUGCACAUCCCGACCAACGCCCGCUUCCUCUUCUGGCUGGCCGUCUCGUUCCUCCUCUUCGACCGCGCCGCUCGCUGGGCGCUUCUCCUGUGGCAGAACCUGCGCCUCAAGGCCGGCGGAUCGGCUUGUCAGGGCCGGAGGCGAGUCGGCCAUCAGAUCCUCGCCCGAGCCGUGGGCGAUUCCACAACCGUCGUCACCAUCAAGGACGUCCACUUCGACUGGGCUGCCGGCCAGCACAUUUACCUGUGGAUCCCACGAUUGGGCCCCCUCGAAGCUCAUCCUUACACCAUUGCCUGCGCGCGCAAGAUGGAGGGAACCUGCUGCUGCAACAGCGUCCAGCUGAUCCUGCGCAAGCACAAGGGCUUCUCCAAGCGAAUCCACGACCACGCCUCCAAGAACCCCGAGGCCUCACUCGUCGGCUUCCUCUCCGGCCCAUACGGCACGCCUCCCCGCUGGGACAUUUACGAAACAAUGGUCCUCAUCGGUGCCUCGACCGGGGCGUCCUUCACUCUGCCUCUUCUAGAAGCCGCAGCUCAAGCCGACUCCGUGGGAUGCGUUAAACGGGUCGAGGUGCUCCUCGUCGCCCGAACGUUGAAAGAAAUCGAGUACUACGUCCAACGCGCCCAAAAAGCCGGCGAAUCCCUCAUCCAGAAAGGCGUCCUCGUCAACAUCCACGUCGCAAUCACACACUCUUCCCUCGGCACCGACGGCCUCCCCCUCUCCCGCAACGACAGCAGCGCCUCCUCGGCCAGCUCCGAACUCGAGCAAGACGUUAAAGGUGCCGCAAAGGCCUGCUGCUGCGACAACAAGGACGCCAGCGCAGCAGCCACCACCAGCGAAAAGGCUCCGUCAAGCCUCCCCGUCAUCCGCGAGUACACGACCCGGCCUAGCAUCGAGCAGCUUAUCAGACAGCCUGUUGAGGCUGCCUAUGGCGAGACGGCUGUUGUUGUCUGUGGAGGUCCGGAGAUUGUUGCUUCGACGCGUAAUUGCGUGAGCAGGUUGAGCGAUGAGCGGGCGGUGCACAAGGGGACUGGUGCGCAGGGUAUUUAUCUGCAUGUCGAGGAGUAUUCGUUUUAA